UAAUGGUAGAGUUACACCUCUUCCUACGAAAUAGUUUGUUUACCCACAGAUUCAGUUAUAUCCUUUCACACUAUACUUCAAGUCAACUUGAAACCACAGAAUUUACAUCGUUACAAGUAUAUAUAGGGUUUUUCUCCACUUUUAUCGUUAAGAUUGGUAUAAUUGUAUUCCAAUUGCUUUGUAUCCUACGGCAUUGCUUAUCAAAAUUGUUUUGUUGAACUGGAAGAAUAACUAGAACCUUUAUAGAAGUGUUUAUUAUUCAUGGAUAACACUGCAGUUGAACCCUACUCUUCAUCCAAUAUAGGACCGUUAGGAAAACAGCAUGAAGUAAUUGAAGAAAAAGAGAAUUUGAGUACUAUUCAUGCAACGUCAAUGGAAUCCUCGAGGUCUUCUAAAUCAUCAGAAUCUUCUUUAAAGGAAAUUAGCUUGGAUUAUUCGUCUCCCGGUCUUCAGCCGCAGGCAGCUAUUCCAGAAGAGACGAAUUCUAACUAUGCUAAUAUAAGUAUGCUUCGGCCCACUUCAUCUGGAGCCCAUGGAAAUAAUGGCACUCAUUCCUCAGUAGCGGAAAAUCACUGGUUUGGUCAAUUUCGUCCUGAGCCUUCUCCAUCUUCCUCGUUCGUCUCAACGGGAUCAAACCAAACCUCUACAUCUUCUCCUCAACCGGAGUUUGAGCAACUACGAACUAUAUUUCGAAGCCAUCAGGAUCCCUCAAAAGCAAUCAACGAUUCCCGUAUUCAGAGUCUAAUAUUUGAUUUAAAUCAAAAAUGUGAAAGUGAAUCUAUCCCUGUAAGCCAGAUUGACUGGUUAGAAUGGGCAUGUUUAUCAUUGUCCGCUAACGAAUAUGCUACAAAAUCAGAUGCAGAAGCCUCAAUUGCUACGAUUCGAAGUCUCGUAUUGAAGAAUUUCUGGAGUAUUCCUUCUCCCUGCAGAAAAUGCGUUUGGCAAACCCUUGUAACUGCAGAACGUAAUGAGCUGUUAACAUUGUACGCCACAUUGAGUACCUCAACAAACUCGUUGGACCCAGUCAUAAAAAGGACAAUUCGAAAUAAUGCUUUUCGAGGUCCACUAGAACCAUUCAAGUAUGCGUCCCCAACUCGUGCAAAGGUGUCUACAAAUGGAUUGUUCCACGUGCUUCAUGCAUUUACAUUAUUUGAUACAACUGUCGAAUACGCUCUAGAUGCUCUUUUGUGGCCAGCUGCGUCGCUUCUGUCGUACAUGCCCCAAGGAAACGUAUUCCGGAGUCUCGCUUGUUUACUUGGAAAAUCUAAUUUAAAAGAACUGUAUGUUGCCAAUUUAAGUACCUCUGAUGAACAAUUGUACGCCCUUGUUUGGGGAUGCAUUAGCGAUCUCUCGCCAAAAAUUGCUUUAUCAUUGCAGAGGAUUAAGGCUCAAUCUCUGAGACCUCUAUAUUCAUCUUUAGCUUGUUGUUUUGCUAAAUCCUUGACAUUGCAAGAUUCCUUACGCAUUUUGGAUCUUGUUUUCUGCUAUGGUUUGGAAACCUUCGUUCGUUUACUUGUUGCUAUUUUUUUGAAAGAUGAGGAAAAACUUCUAAACUUAACGAAUUUAGACCAAUGGAACCGUUACUUAAAUUAUGAUAUUGUCAGUCCUUAUCGCUUUCCUACAAGUCAAAAAUAUACGUUUUAUACACGCGCACCUGUAGAUGUUGAUACAUGGAUCCAAGACGCUUUAAAUCUCCAAAUAGUCACUGAUCGAUUUCCUUCUUACUUAUCCUAUCAUGAAACUGCUAUAUCACGACAAACGUUUCGCACAAAUAUGUUGAACGAAUUAAAAAUUCAAAACAAAGAUUUAUCUGAAAAUAUUGCUGAACUGGAAAGUAGGAUGGUUAUUUUAAAUAGGGAAAACACUAAACUUUCCACCGAGCUUUCAAAUCAUCGUGUUUUAAGAAGUGAAAGUGAAGAAAAAAUUGACUACUUAGAAAAUUCUAUUGCUACAUUGGAAGAGCAAGCAAGGAAUUUACCGGAGCAACUAAAGAAAUCCUUACAGCAAGAGAUAAUCGUUUUGAAGAAUCGAAAUCAGAAGUUCGAAGAAUCUAACGCGUCCUCUGUACAGCAGAUCACUUACCUUAACGAAGAAUUAGAAAGAACUUUACGACAACUACAUGAUUUAGAGAACAAACACUCUCAGUUGCAGGCCAGAUGGGAUAGUGUUUCGAAGAUGUUCAAGAAAUAAUUUUAUUAUAUUAUGAUAUAUUAUACAUCGAUGCAUUGCAUAAAUACACUUCCUUAGAAAACCAAUUUUACUUGACGCUAAAUUUAUUAACCCAAAAACAAAAACGUAAAGACAGAAAGAGUGGACUAGGUCAUUUCAAUUUCACACCGAUUUAAUUGCUCUAAUACGUGUGAAGGCAUACGGAAAUCUAUUAAUGAGCUAUACAUAACAAUUUUCCGUGCCUUAAUACGAUAGAACUGUAGUUUCGUGUUGGCUACUGAAUCGCUGUUAUAAUCAGACAGUUUUUGCUUUUUAUAAAGUUCGUUGAUACUUUUCAUAGCAACCAGAAUAAUCCCAGGGAUAUUGUGAAGCAAGCUGUCAUUAAGAAAACGGAAUUCAGCAGCUAGUUUACGGACGACGUGAGAAUCACACUCAGUAUCCAGCGGUAAUAUUUCCAAUUGUUGUAAGGCGGCCAAGACUUGUUCGUAAUCUUUGUUAACAAACGCAUGAAAAGCUUCCACUAAGGGUUCUUUCCAUAUACAUUCAUCAUGUUUUUGACUAACGAAACAAGUUUUUCGGGAAAUAUACCUUGAUCCAUGAAGCCUAACAAUGCAGAACCCAAGCAUCGAUUGACAACAGAGAUAACAACAUCAUAAGCCUCAGCCAAAUGAUACAGCAAAAUUGAAUCAGACCAUAACCCUUGAUCAUCAGCAAUUUUAGCAGAUUGCAAAGUAAUUUUUGUAAGAAACUCUUCCUGAGACGAAAGUUUCAAUAACGAAUAUCGACUCUCCAGGAAUCCUGGAAUACGUUCGCCGUCAGCACGGAUAUCGCCAACUAAGUUAACAUAAUCACGGGUAUUUAAGAUUAGAUCUUUCAGAGCUUCAUGACAGACAGGAGCAUAUUCCGCAACUUCACACAUACUCGCUAAAUAACAAGCAGAAGUGAUUGCAUCAAACUCCUGCAUACCUUUAACAUAACCCAUUAACAUCGCUUCAUAUCGAAUACUUGGCUGGCCUUCAGUAUCAUUAAUGAGUAAAGCAUCAAGAGGAGGCGAAGAUUUUAGAGAAGCAGUGUGUAGCAAACCAUAAUGCGCACAUGCGAUAGCAAAAUGGACAGCGUCAGCUGGAUAAUAGCUAUAUAAAAAUUCAAUAGCACGCUCGUAAAGACCACAUAACAUUAAAAGGAAGAAAUACAUAACAGGAUAAGAGCCUUGCUUAGUAAAGUAAUCAGGACCAUAUGAUAUCACCAAUUUUUGAACAUCUUGCAAAGAAAAGCACUCAUGUGCAGAUACGUUCGUUUCGGUAAAUUCUCGUGCAAGAGAUAGUUGCAACCAAAUAUAAUCUUCAGUCACGAAACAAACAGAGGGACAAGAUGUCUUGGAAAGCUCACAACGACCAAUUAUUUUAUACACGGCAUAUUUGAAAGGAUCAUAAUCUUCUUGAAAACGUAGCGUUUGAUUAAAUUCAGAGAAAAGUUUGUUUCGCAAUUCUUUGGGGAUUAUUGAAUUUGGGGCUUUCGAAUAAGCCUUCAAGUAAGUAGGGAAAUCACUAGCUUGUCUAUCUUCAAAGAAGCUAUGAUUUUGUUGAGUAUAUGUGACAGCUUCAUCCAGAUAGCCGGCACGCAGCAGAUAAAAGAUGAAUGCCCAUACCGGUAAAUCCCCUAAAAAUUCAAUGUUUGAAUUUGCCCAAACACCAUUUUUUGAGAAGCGAAUAUUAAUGUACGCACGAAUUUUAUUUAAAACAGAAGGUACGCCGCCAAUGGAAGCAGCUUGAGGAUUGUUUUCGAUUUCUUUAUUGACCACAUCAAAGAAUUGUUUCUCUAAGAAUCUCCUGGAGCAAUCAAUAAUUCUUUGGUUCAGACGAACUUUAGAUGGGCUAUCUUCGUAAAAGGGAAACAACUGGGAUUUAGGUCCGAGUAAUGGGUCCGAAAAACUAUCAUAGGAAGUGAAAGAACGUAAUAGAUUCCAAGUUUCAUACAAAAGAAGGGAUUUUGUAUCUUUCGACAACUCUUUUGCGACAUCACAAAAAGACGAAAUAUAAUCUGAACCAGGAGAAGACUGAGAAAUGUCGAAGUAACACUUCUUUAAUGAAGCAGCAAAUGCCUGACAGCGAGCAAUGUUCUGGGUUCCUGUUGCCAACUUCUUUUCUUGAGAAACAGUUGAUUCUGAAAAUUCCCUUACGCCUGGCUUCUUUCCCUGCCACUCGGUUUCGAGAUACUUGUCAAAUUGAGACUGAGCAUCCUGAAUAAGGGUCUCGAGUGAACAUAAGACAUUUUUCUCUCUUUGGUAUUUUAAAAACAUAUCUACGUCUGUAAAUGAAAGUUCAAGGGUCGUGGGAG